GGAGGAGUAGACUGCAAGAAUGGCACAUAAGGCAUCUCCUACGAAAAGUUCUUGGAAAAUCCACGAAGAAUACCACAUAGAUGAAGAUGUGGGCUUUGCUCUGUCAGAUCCACUGAAGUUUUGCCUACAAAGUGCAAGGCAGGAAAUGUUUGCCUCAACAACUACAGUUCCUAAAUUUGUCUUCUAAAGUAUGCCAUGACAACUAUCUUAUCAUCAAUAUUUUAAUUAUCAAACAUUUAUAUAACUUUUUUAAGCAAGUUACAACUGUUAACUUUUCCAUCCUACAACCGUCCUACAAGGAGGAACUACCUCACCCUUAUGAUGCCUGGACUUCCAUCGCUAAAAAUCUGGCUGCCCUGAUUCAGAAUGGUGAACUACGUGCAGAAGUUGAGAAGUUACCAAUGCUCAGUAUUGAUGACCUCGAAGGACACAAGUCCCAGCGCCUUGCACAUCUGGUCCUGGGGUAUAUCACCAUGGCAUAUGUGUGGAAUCGGGGUGAUGGAGAUGUCCGCAAGGUCCUGCCAAGGAAUAUUGCUGUCCCUUACUGUAAACUCUCUGAGAAGCUGGGAUUGCCUCCAAUUCUGGUUUAUGCAGACUGUGUCUUGGCAAACUGGAAGAAAAAGGAUCCCCAUGGGCCCCUGACUUAUGAAAACAUGGAUAUUCUGUUUUCGUUUCCCGGUGGGGACUGCAGUAAAGGAUUCUUCCUGGUUUCUCUAUUGGUGGAAAUAGCCGCUGCUUCUGCAAUAAAAGUAAUUCCCACUAUAUUCAAUGCUGUACAACAUCAGGAGCAAGAUACUUUGCAAGAGGCAUUGCUUGAUAUAACUUCUUGUCUGCGCGAAGCCCUUAAAGUGUUUCACCAAAUUCAUGACUAUGUGGACCCAAACCUAUUUUUCAAUGUUCUUCGCAUAUACUUGUCUGGCUGGAAAGGCAACCCCCAGCUGCGAGAGGGUCUGCUGUAUGAAGGCGUCUGGGAUACCCCCAAGAAGUUCGCUGGGGGUAGUGCAGCCCAAAGCAGCAUCUUUCAGUGCUUUGAUGUUCUACUGGGGGUCCAGCAGAGUACUGGUGAAGCAUCAGCUGCUGAAUUCCUCCAGGAAAUGAGAACAUAUAUGCCACCAGCUCACCAGAACUUUCUUCAUUCACUAGAGUUAGGUCCCUCAGUUCGUGAGUUCGUACGUUCAAGACGUGAUGCUAGACUACAGGAAAUUUAUAAUGAUUGUGUGAAAGCUAUGGUCUCCCUGAGAAGCUACCAUUUGCAAAUAGUAACUAAGUACAUUGUGAUUCCUGCCAGCCAGCAGUCCAAGAAAAACCAAACAUCUGAAGAGCCAUCAGACGAAGGAAAUAAAGGAACUGGAGGCACUGAUCUCAUGCAUUUUCUAAAGUCUGUAAGAGGUACAACUGAGAAGGCCUUGUUGAAGGAAGGUUAAUAUAAUCCAAGCAAGGGUACAUUUUGUCAGGACAAAGGUGUCUGCAUAUAUUAAUGCCACUCAUUGUAUCACACCUAUAAUUUAAUAUGUAACAACUUCUUAAGAGUACAUUAUAGAAGAUUUCAAAAUAAUUUUUCUGAUAUCUGUGUAUUCCUUUUAUGAAAAUUAGAAAAGCAAUUAUAUUAGCAGUGUUGUGAUCUAU